ACACACCUUGGCUGCCAUCACAAGGCCUAGCCCCAUCUCUGCCUCUUUCUCUUUCUCACACACAUUUCGUCGAACACCUAGCGUGCGUACGGGAUCUUCUUCUCUACUCCACCCCCGCGACAUCGAACUUCGUCGUUCCUCCAUCCCUCGUAAAAUCCACCCUGGAGCCUGGAUGACGGGAGAAUGUAGACCGCUCCUCAACUCUGUGCUCGUUGGACUUGGACGCAGCCUAUAAGUGGCUGACCCCGAGUUCUCCGAGUUAGCAAGAAGCCACUCCACUCGGCCGCUCCUGCAUGUAUAACUAGCUAGUUCUAGCUCGCUCAGGCACUCGAUCCACCGCCGGGCGCGUUGGAUUGAGAUAGGCUGAGGAGAUGAUAUCCGGGCACGACUUCUACACGGUGAUGGCGGCGGUGGUGCCGCUGUACGUGGCGAUGUUCCUGGCGUACGGGUCGGUGCGGUGGUGGGGCAUCUUCACGCCGGACCAGUGCUCCGGCAUCAACCGCUUCGUCGCCAUCUUCGCCGUGCCGCUCCUGUCCUUCCACUUCAUCUCCACCAACGACCCGUACGCCAUGAACCUCCGCUUCCUGGCGGCGGACACGCUGCAGAAGCUGCUCGUCCUGGCGGGGCUCGCCGCGUGGUCGCGCCUCCCCUCGCGGACCGGCGCGCCGCGGCUGGACUGGUCCAUCACGCUCUUCUCCCUCUCCACGCUGCCCAACACGCUCGUCAUGGGGAUCCCGCUGCUGAUCGCCAUGUACGGGCCAUACUCCGGCUCGCUCAUGGUCCAGAUCGUCGUGCUCCAGUGCAUCAUCUGGUACACGCUGAUGCUCUUCCUCUUCGAGUUCCGCGCCGCGCGGAUGCUGAUCGCCGACCAGUUCCCGGACACGGCGGCGUCCAUCGUGUCCCUGCACGUCGACCCGGACGUGGUGUCGCUGGAGGGCGGCCACGCGGAGACGGAGGCCGAGGUGGCGGCGGACGGGCGGCUGCACGUCACCGUGCGCCGGUCCUCGGUGUCGCGGCGGUCGCUGCUGGUCACGCCGCGGCCGUCGAACCUGACGGGAGCGGAGAUCUACUCGCUUAGCUCGUCGCGGAACCCAACCCCGCGGGGCUCCAACUUCAACCACGCCGACUUCUUCGCCAUGGUCGGCGGCGGGCCACCGCCCCCGACGCCCGCUGCGGUGCGCGGCUCGAGCUUCGGCGCCUCCGAGCUCUACUCGCUGCAAUCGUCGCGGGGCCCAACCCCGAGGCAGUCCAACUUCGACGAGCACUCGGCACGGCCGCCGAAACCACCGGCAACGACCACGGGGGCACUCAACCACGAUGCCAAGGAGCUCCACAUGUUCGUGUGGAGCUCGAGCGCGUCUCCCGUCUCAGAAGUCAGCGGCCUGCCUGUGUUCAGUGGCGGCGGCGGCGGCGGCGCUCUCGACGUCGGCGCCAAGGAAAUCCACAUGGUCAUCCCCGCCGACCUGCCGCAGAACAACGGCUCAGGCAAAGAGCACGAGGAGUACGGCGCAGUGGCAUUGGGUGGCGGCGGCGGCGGAGAGAACUUCAGCUUCGGAGGCGGCAAGACGGUGGACGGCGCCGAGGCAGUAGACGAGGAGGCGGCCUUGCCUGACGGGCUGACGAAGAUGGGGUCGAGCUCGACGGCGGAGCUGCACCCGAAGGUCGUCGACGUCGACGGACCGAACGCCGGCGGCGGCGCCGCGGGCGCGGGGCAGUACCAAAUGCCGCCGGCGAGCGUGAUGACACGCCUCAUCCUCAUAAUGGUGUGGCGCAAGCUCAUCCGCAACCCCAACACUUACUCCAGCCUCCUCGGCCUCGCCUGGUCCCUCGUCGCCUUCCGGUGGCACGUCUCCAUGCCAGCAAUCGUCGAGAAGUCCAUCUCCAUUCUCUCGGACGCAGGCCUGGGGAUGGCCAUGUUUAGCCUGGGAUUGUUCAUGGCGCUGCAGCCCAGCAUCAUCGCGUGUGGCAAAUCAGCCGCCGUCGUCUCCAUGGCCGUCCGCUUCCUCGCGGGCCCUGCCGUCAUGGCCGCCGCGUCAAUCGCCAUCGGACUCCGCGGGACGCUCCUGCACGUCGCCAUUGUUCAGGCGGCUCUACCACAAGGGAUUGUGCCUUUUGUUUUUGCAAAAGAAUACAAUGUCCACCCGGCCAUCCUGAGCACAGCGGUAAUUUUUGGCAUGCUAAUAGCUCUUCCAAUCACAUUGCUGUACUACAUCCUUCUUGGACUAUGAUCAAGAAAGCUUAUGGACGCUCUCACAUAAAACGGAAGAAAUGGGGGCAAAGAGAGAGAAAAAAAAGCGAUCCUGUCCAUCUCAAACAGCGUAUGCUUAUAUGUAUAGCCUGUUGUCGGACAUUGCCCAUGAUGACAAGACAACGAAGUUGUUACAGAGCUAUAUAUCUCUGCGACAUUUGUACAAGAGAUAACGACAGAAUGUACUCAAAUAUAACCGAUAUUAGAUAUGUGUUCUGUUAAAGAUCUCAACACUCCCUAUACUCUCAAACCCUUUGAUGAGAUUGUGACAAUGUUCAGAACA